GUCUAUCGUACGCGUACGAACCGACCAUACUCCUACUACGUCCGUACCGUACCCUGUACAGGGCCCUGGAGCAGCCCGCCGGCCUUUACCGCCGCUGUGGCAGCGGAGUCGCCCUCAUCGAAGCGGCGCCGCACCGAAUCCGAAGGGGCCCCCGUCACGCUGGCGCUGGGUUAUCCGAGGCCGAUACCGGCGCUGGCAGGAGGCGGCGGGCGGAUCUUAUCUUUUUUAGCAACGAGAGCAUCCCUGAAAGAUUCUUGCUGAUUAGACCCGGCUUGCUCUGCCACAGCAGAUGAGUGGUGUCCUGCUCUGUUCACUCGAUUCGACACUGUAAAGUUAAAUCUUCUCCCUUUCUUCAUAGUGUUCCAGAUAGAACAAUAGGGUUCAAUCCAGGUCAAGUUUCUACUCUGUUUGUUAUUUGCUGUUCUGUUCUUUGGAGUGAUAAAUGAUGUACAUUUUGAGCUAAUAUGGAAACAGUGGCACUGAAGCUACAAUGUAGAAUUUCUUGUAACAUCCUUGUUUUGAUCCAUGUUGUCGUUUUUGCUAUGGAGUCUCGGCUGCACCAAAGAUGCUGACAGAAUCUAACCUGUACUCCAACACUCACUGGGUCUUUACUCCUUGGAAUUGCUAAAAGAAGGGGGGAAAAACUGAUCCUAGCAUAUCUCAGUAGAUUCCUUCUGCUCAGAUUCCAAAAGUUCUCUGUUGGAACCAUGUCAUGCUUUCAUCUACAUCUACUGAACAAACUUUUCAAGUGGGACUCAUUUUUCAACCGAAGAUAUGAUGGCACUGCAAGAACAAGGCCCACAAUAUCAGCUGGUAUGGUGUGUAUCUGCAUAUAUAUGUAUGCCCUUUUCCUCUGGGCUUGGGCGUCGUUGGCAUUCUGGCUGCUUCUCUGCCGAAGUAUUGGCUCUUGGCAAAGAAUUUUAAUUACAUUUGUCAUGGCGCCGGAUCAAGACCAUGAGCAAGAUAACAGGAGUGGUCACAGCAUCAGCAGCAAAUCCUUUCAAAGAUGUGAGGGCUGCGAUGCACAUUAUUAUUGGUGUCAUAUGGAUGAUACCCAGAAGUAUUUCUUCAAGUGCAUGGUUGGCAAUUUCCAAGAAAAAAUGGCCAUUCCACAGAAGUUUGUGCAGAAUUUCAAAGGUCAGAUCUCUGAAGUUAUCAAGCUAGAAGCUCCUGAUGGAAACAUAUACAAUGUUCAGGCUAUCAAGGAUCUAAACAAGAUAGUCCUCGGGUCUGGAUGGGGGGUAUUUGUCAGAUUUUACGAACUAAAAGCGGGCUACUUCCUGGUCUUCAGGUACAUCGGGGAUUCUCACUUCAAAGUUCUGAUAUUUGAUUUUGCAAGUUGCUGUGAGAAGGAAGUGUUCCACGUUCUCAUGAACUGCGGUCCUAAUGCCCAAGAAAAAGACACUCGUCUUGAUCGAUCGCUACUGGGUGAAAGACGAUGCCAGAAUGGUGGAUCAAGCAACAGUGAGUCUCAUCGAAGGUGCGAGCACUGCGAUGUGCAUUUCUACUGGCAUCACAUGGAUGAUAGGCAGAAGCAUUUCUUGAGGUUCAUGGUUGGCGAUUUCCUUCACGAAAUGAACAUACCAGAGAAAUUUGUGAACAAUUUCAGAGGCAGGAUCUCUAAAGUUAUGAAGCUAGAAGCUCCUGAUGGAAAUGUAUACAACAUUCAGGUUACCAAUGAUCUGAACAAGAUAACCCUUAGAUCUGGAUGGGCAGCAUUUGCCAGUGCUUAUGAACUAAAAGAGCAUGACUUGCUGGUGUUCAGUUACACUGGAAACUCUCACUUUAGAGUCCUAAUAUUUGACCCAAGUGGUUGUGAGAAAGAAUUAUUCCGCAUUGUUAUGAACCACACUCCUAAUGUACAAAAAGGGGGUAUAUCUCAUGAUCAGUUAUUCCUGAAGGAAACAAGGCGUCGAGACGGCGGAUCGCGUGAUAACAACCCUAGGAAAACUAAAAAGAUGACUCUGUUGGACUCUCCUUCACCGAAAUCAGCUGAAGGUGUCACAUCUCCGGAGGACACCAUGAAUUCAAGCGGCCCUCCAGAAACCACCGAGCCUCGGUAUGUCCUAGCAACAGGGUGCAAUCUGACUACAGCUCAGAAGGCACAAAUCGACACACUUGUGAAGAAAAUUAGGCCUGUAAUUCCAUUUUACAUCACAGCCAUGAACAAGACAAGUUUGUCUGGAUCUCUGGUAAUCUGCAAGGAUUAUGCUGCCAAAUACCUUCCACAUGAAGACCAAUUCAUCACACUCUGCCAUCCUCGUAAGAGCAACAUAUGGUUAGACAAUUUGAAGGUUACCACUGAUGGUUCAGGCAUGCUUUCUGCUGGCUGGUCAUGCUUCGUUCUCCACAACGAGUUGCGGGAAAGUGAUGUUUGUGUAUUCGAAGUAUCAAAAAGCGCUGGUGAAAUGACAAUGGUUGUUCAUUCUCUUGAAGGAGGUCAUCACCUACAAGGGAAAGAGCCCGAAUCUCAAAACAAGUGCGAUUUUCCUGUUAAGGGCAAGGCGAUCAAGGAAGCUGAGAGUGACCAUAAACAUGCUGAGUCCAAGUCCAACUACUACUACUCAAAGUAUGCCAAGGGCCUGAAUGGCGAGGAGCUAGAGGAGAUAUUCAGGUCAGCGUUGAUCCAACAGGGCAAUGUGGUAUACGUCACCAUCCUGGGGAAGAAUCAAGUUAGAAUCAAGAACAACUUGCUGACCUUCCCCGAGAAGUUUGCAGCUAAGCAUCUCGUGGAGAGGUCGCAUGACAUCCUGCUCCUGAGGCCCAACCGGAGUGAGACGUGGUGUGCGAGGUACUACUACCACCCGGAAAAACAGGGUUUCAGCUACAGUUCCUGGACCAAGUUCGUCCGAGACAACAAGCUGCGUGAGGGCCACGUCUGCGUCUUCGAGCUGAUUAAGGGCGUGAGUAAGGCGAUGAUGAUUGUCCACGUGUUCACCAAGGUCGAUGGCAGGUUUGUUCUGCUGGACUAACUAUCUAGGUUCCAGCCUAGUUGCAUCCUCCUUAAUUUGUACUAGUAGAAUAAAUGAACUGAGAGUAGCUUGUGUACCAGUAGAACUAGUUGUGAAGCCGUGCCGUGUGAAUGUUCAUCCUGAUUCAUCUGCCACGGCUAUGACUUCAGAACCGAGAGAGGAGUAUUUCACCGCUUGUAGCCAUACGCAUAUAGCACUUACUCCACUGAAAUUUUCUUCAAUCGAAGCUCAGUUGACUGAAAUUUUAUUAAAUCUAAGUGAAUUCCCAGUUA